AUGUGCGCUGGCUGCGUCCCCUUGAUGCCAUACGCCGACGCUCACACCCAGACCGUCUGGGCUGGCCUUUGCAGGAUGCAUGUCCGCCCUGACAUCCUCUUCACGGCACCCGACACUACCACUCCGCCCGCCGAGAUGGUGACGGACAAGUUGCAGGGCCUCGACAACAUGGUGACCGGCGCCCAGCUGGGCACCCUCGACUCCAAUGGCGCCUCGUUGCAGAGCCUGCUCCAGAGGCGACACAGACGGCCGGGCAUGCCCACGCGCAUCUCUCUGCCCCCGGCUGAUGUCGACGACCAAGUCCUCCCCUCUCCGCCUCCGACCCACGCUCUCCUCUCCCCGUUGCCCGAAGCCAACAAGCGCUUUGCCGGCCACACUCCGCUGAUUCCACGCGCCCUUUCGCCAGUGCAAGACGAGCAGCCCGCUGUGCAAGAGCCGCCUGCCCAGGAAGAGCAAGCGGGCACACCGCCAGAAGACCAGCCCUUGAUAGGCCCACUGAUGCUGCCUACCAAUCCCGUCGAUGGUGCAAGCGACCACAUAGCACUCGAAGUGCUGGACGAUGUACUCGAAAAGGUUGCCAAGGACCAGGACAGGUUCAGCAAACUCAAGGGUGCCCCCGACCCUGCAGCUCCCCCCGCACCCGCCGAGAACGCCCAAGAGGACUUGCCAUUGAGUCACAAGGCAUCGGCCGCAUCGCGCAAUCCGUGCGCCACCAAACUUGUCGACGGCGUCAGGCUCAAAAGCCCCCCUUUGAACUUUGGAGCGCCCAUUGGUCAAGUAUAG